UGAAAGGUGCAGCAGUUCCAGAGAAAGCAGGGGGUGGUGAACGCCUUCUGCCGAGCCCCUAUUUCCUGCUCCCGAGAAGCGGUGAAAGGCGUGCUUUUCAUAAUUUUACAUUACUGUAUUCAAACAGUGCACAUCUUAAUUUCAGAUCCAUGAGGCCUCUCCUCUCCGGGCUUGACUCGGAAACGUCCAGCAGACCAACGUGGGCGAGCUUCGGCCUGACGACGCGCCGUGGUGUAACCUUAUCACGGCCGAUGUCAACCUCCAUCAGUAAUAUCCAGCCUCCAGGAUGUCAUUUAAGCUCAUCCACCAGCAUUUACCCAAAAGCAAAUACACACUACCCGCGCCACACGCGACCCGCCCAUUUGCAGCAGUACGCGUGCCCCUCUAUCGCCGGCACCAAGCUUUAUCCAAAGCAUGGGGUAACAGGGACAGGCCAGACCAGAGCACACCUGAAACUGUGAAACAUGUUUCCCGAGUUCCCAACGCAGACAAUUGCGCGAUGAACCUGUCUCAGAUGUCUGACUCCAUCGAGCAGGUGGUCAGGAUGCCCAGGCCGGGCAAAGGGAUCCUGGAGAAACGGUCGUGGUGGUCUGACUCUCUGGAAAACGAGCAGCCGAGCAAGGCAUAUCAAUGCACGCGUUUAUGGUUAACCUUCCAUUCGGACCCCGGAUCUGCGAUGGCGAUGGAAAGCAAUCAUGCUCUGCUGCACGCACUUGAGGUUCGCAGCAGACGAAGGGGGGGGGGGGGCACGGAGGAGCCAAGGGGCAAUACCAGAUCCGAGCGCUUGAGCACCACAGUGGCGCAAAGACCUGCCGGCGAGUGGUUUCGCUACCGUUUCCGCAACCGCCUGCAUCUCACAUCAAAAGUCAAAAAGGGAGCAGGUAGGCAGGUUGCGCUCUGAACUCAAAUUUGGAUGAUGCGCCGUCUUGUCCCUCUCCCUGCGUCCCACAGAUGAUCUUGAACGGAGCAAUGAGCUUCCCGAAUCCAGUGAGCUUUCGCUGACGUAAAGGAGAGGCCGCUGCAAAUUCCAUCCGCGUGUUU